GCAGGUCAGACACACAUGCACAGAUGAUUGGGCGACAACACGUGUGAGACGGGAGAGAGUAAAGCAGCACCGUCCCCUGAAAUCUGUUUACAUUACAAUAAUAACACUGAUACUACCAGCAGCAUGCCGAAAGCAAAAGGAGCAAACAAGAGGAAGAAGUUCAAUUACAGCACAAACAGGAGGAAGUUAAAAACAAAAGCGAUAAAAGCCGCGGCGCCGAGGAUUGAGUGUGCCCAGCUCAGGAAUGCGUGGAAUGAGAAGAAGUCCGUGUCUCAGAACCUGGCAGAAAUGGGCCUGGCGUUUGACCCGAACAAGGCGCUCCCCGUCCUCAGGAAAAAGGUGGCACCAAUGGAGAUCGAUCCCUCGGAGGCGAGUGGAGCGCUGGUGAAGAAACCUUACGUUGUGAAUGCCCUGGUCGCGGAGGCCAGUCUCCCAGAGAAGGACACACACUCGAUCUCCAGAGACAUGAUUGAGUACGUGCAGUACAUGAUCAAGCAUCACAGAGACAAUUACAAGGAAAUGGCAAAGGACGAGAAGAAUUACUACCAGGACACACCCAAACAGAUCCGGAGGAAAGUGGAGCUGUACAAACGCUACCACCCCCAGGAGUGCGAGGCAUUCAUGCAGUCUCUGAACAAAAAGAAAAUGGACCAGUCCUAGUCUGCGCAGCCCAGGGCUCUGGUGCUGUCCCAGUCUGCGCUGCCCAGGGCUCUGGUGCUGCGCCAGUCUGCGCUGCCCAGGGCUCUGGUGCUGUCCCAGUCUGCGCUGCCCAGGGCUCUGGUGCUGUCCCAGUCUGCGCUGCCCAGGGCUCUGGUGCUGUCCCAGUCUGCGCUGCCCAGGGCUCUGGUGCUGUCCUAGUCUGCGCUGCCCAGGGCUCUGGUGCUGUGCCAGUCUGCGCUGCCCAGGGCUCUGGUGCUUUGCCAGUCUGCGCUGCCCAGGGCUCUGGUGCUGUGCCAGUCUGCGCUGCCCAGGGCUCUGGUGCUGUGCCAGUCUGCGCUGCCCAGGGCUCUGGUGCUGUCCCAGUCUGCGCUGCCCAGGGCUCUGGUGCUGUCCUAGUCUGCGCUGCCCAGGGCUCUGGUGCUGUCCCAGUCUGCGCUGCCCAGGGCUCUGGUGCUGUCCCAGUCUGCGCUGCCCAGGGCUCUGGUGCUGUCCCAGUCUGCGCUGCCCAGGGCUCUGGUGCUGUGCCAGUCUGCGCUGCCCAGGGCUCUGGUGCUGUCCCAGUCUGCGCUGCCCAGGGCUCUGGUGCUGUCCUAGUCUGCGCUGCCCAGGGCUCUGGUGCUGUGCCAGUCUGCGCUGCCCAGGGCUCUGGUGCUGUCCCAGUCUGCGCUGCCCAGGGCUCUGGUGCUGUCCUAGUCUGCGCUGCCCAGGGCUCUGGUGCUGUCCUAGUCUGCGCUGCCCAGGGCUCUGGUGCUGUGCCAGUCUGUGCUGCCCAGGGCUCUGGUGCUGUGCCAGUCUGCGCUGCCCAGGGCUCUGGUGCUGUCCCAGUCUGCGCUGCCCAGGGCUCUGGUGCUGUCCCAGUCUGCGCUGCCCAGGGCUCUGGUGCUGUGCCAGUCUGCGCUGCCCAGGGCUCUGGUGCUGUGCCAGUCUGCGCUGCCCAGGGCUCUGGUGCUGUCCUAGUCUGCGCUGCCCAGGGCUCUGGUGCUGUCCUAGUCUGCGCUGCCCAGGGCUCUGGUGCUGUGCCAGUCUGCGCUGCCCAGGGCUCUGGUGCUGUCCUAGUCUGCGCUGCCCAGGGCUCUGGUGCUGCAGGGAUUUCUCUUCCUGACUGAAAGACUAGCUGGGCUAUUCACCCUGCAAUGUUUGAUACCUGUUGUAGACAAAGGUGUCGAAUCAAUGUACUUUCCUUAGCUCCAAUAAACUGUGUCAUUUAAGGGCA